CCCGGGCGCGGCGGCGGCGCCCCCUCCUCCUCCUCCGACCACGUCAUGGGGUCCUCUCCUUCGCGGGAGCAACAGUUCCCGCGCACUCGGUCUCCCACAGACACGCUCGCUCGCGCCCGGGUGGCUGGGGGAGGGCAGCGAGGAGAAGGGAAACUGCGCGGCGGCGGCGGCGACGGCUCUGGGUGCGCAGCCACUAAGCCAGAGGCAAACAUCUGCCUGACUUCACAGCAGCCGCUGGCACCGCCGGGACAAACAGGGCCGGUGCGCUCUCGUAAGUGGCGCGUUCGCUGCUCAGGAAGGGAAAGAAACUUUUAGAUGUCGUCGUUGUUUGCCCGCCUUUCUUGCCUUGCUGUGAGGCAGCGGGAGGCGAGUGCCCUGAGGAAGCCGCUCGGAGUGCGGGGCGGCGGCACUGAGGGAAGGGCAGAGGGAGGAACUGGAACUGUUUGCCUCAAGAAGGAAGCGGCAAAGGGCGGGCGAGGAAGCGCGCGCGAGGUCCUCGCGGUUGGCUUUGGGGCUCAGGAGAAGGCGCAGCCUCUCAGCCCCUUCAUUCCUCCCGCGGCAGAGCUCGGCGCCGCCAACUUGUGCAGGGACGACGCCCGGGAAGCCCCAUGUCCUCGGGACAAGCAGGCACGUACCGGAGGAGGGCGACUUCCGAGUAAUUUCUGCCAAGUGCCUGUGGAGUUGAUCGCGCGUGCCUGCCGUUCGCUUCCCCCGCUGGCUAACAACAACCCCGCGUGGAGUUGAGGCGGAGCUCUGGCAAAGAAAGCAAGGGCCGGCCGGCUCGCCCCUCCCUGAGAUCUCGCUCGGAUGGUUGCUUACAUUCCUUCCCCUCUCCGUUGGGCAUGCGGUGCUCAGUUCUUGCAGAGGAGCGAGCAGACAGAAAGAAGUGUUUUUCCUUCAUACUUGCAUAGAAUGGCUGCAUACUUGAAAAGAGAGAAUGGUCUAGAACAGAGCUGAUACAAAUAUGGGAAAGAACUAUUUGGAUGUAACCCAUCAGUUUACAUGGUGACUGCAAAGUAUCCUACAACCCAGCACAAAGGGAACAGGAUACAGAGAGAUACAAAAGGAUGAAGAGACAUAAAUGCUCCUCUAAUUAUCCAACAAGACGGCAUCUCUUGAUCUUGUUUUUAACAGUGUGGCUGCUCUUGCUGCUGAAACUUCUCAGAGUUGAGCUGCUCCCUCACAAAAAUAUUUAUUUUGUAGAACCUUUUUUAAGCACCUCAUCAUUUGUGAAAAACAAAUACACAUUUUCCCAAAAAGACACCCAGUAUGAGAUUAACUGUUCCUCCAUAUACAAUCAGGAUCCUGUGGAGAUUGGGAAAUCUUUAGAGAUAAGGAGACAAUCCAUUGUCGAUUUAGAUGAUGAAGAUGUUGUAACAAUGACUAGUAACUGUCAGCUGUACCAUGCAAUUAGAGGAUAUCACCUAAAGCCCGUCUCUCUAGAAGAGGAAAAAUUCCCAUUAGCUUAUUCUCUGGUUGUUCAUAAAGAUGCAAUAAUGGUUGAGAGGCUCAUCCAUGCAAUAUACAGCAGUCAAAAUGUUUACUGUAUCCAUUACGACAAAAAGUCCUCUAGCACUUUUAAGAAUGCUUUGGAUAAUCUGGCCAAAUGUUUCCCCAAUAUUUUCAUUGCGUCCAAAUUGGAGGUGGUGGAAUAUGCCCAUAUUUCAAGGCUCCAGGCAGAUUUGAAUUGCUUAUCUGAUUUGCUUAAGUCCUCCAUCCCAUGGAAGUAUGUAAUCAAUUUAUGUGGCCAAGAUUUUCCUCUGAGAUCGAACUUCGAGCUAGUGUCUGAAUUUAAGAAGUUAAAUGAAGGAAACAUGCUGGAGACAACCAAACCGAGUAGCAGUAAAAAGGAUAGAUUUACCUAUCACUACGAACUUCAGAAAAUGCCUUAUGACAUGAAGAUGCCUGUGAAAACCAAUAUCUCUAAGGACCCGCCACCCCACAAUAUAGAAGUUUUUGUAGGCAGUGCCUAUUUUGUGUUAUGUCGAGCUUUUGUACAGCAUGUCCUAGAAAGCUCCAUUGCUCAAGAUUUUUUUGAAUGGUCAAAGGACACUUAUUCGCCUGAUGAACAUUUCUGGGCAACCCUUGUUCGUGUUCCUGGAGCACCUGGAGGGAUUUCAAGGACAGCUCAGGAUAUCUCAGAUCUUCAGAGCAAAACUCGUUUAGUAAAAUGGAAUUACCUUGAAGACCAUCUCUAUCCUCCCUGUACUGGUACACAUCUCCGUAGUGUGUGCAUCUAUGCAGCUGCAGAAUUGAGGUGGCUUAUAAACUAUGGGCACUGGUUUGCUAAUAAAUUCGACUCAAAAGUGGACCCAGUUUUAAUAAAAUGUUUGGCAGAAAUGCUUGCAGACCAGCAGAAAGAAUGGGUUGAGUUGUCUUCUGAGAAACUUUUUAUGCACAGGACAUUUACAGAUGUCUCAUAACAAUAUAGCAUACCUAUGGUUGGACUUCUGCCAUUUUUUAAAAUGUGGAAUUGCUGGAUUGAGCCAUAUCACUCCUUGGAAUCACUCCUGAAAGCAUCUCUCUGACCUGUCUCAGUGGAAUUCUAGUACACUGCUAAUACGUGCAAUGAAAUGCAAGGCUUGUUUAGAUCCUUGGAGCAGAGGUAGGAUCGUGGGAAGUGAGAGGCACUCUACAGCAAUUCAAUAGACCAAGAAGGGCCCUGGCUUAAUCGGGUGGUUCUCAAUACUUUUGAACUCGGCACCCCUUUACAAAUUUACUCUGCUUUCUGCCACAGUGAAACCCAAACCGUUGACCAACACAAGAUAGUUCUUGCAUGUUGUCAUAUGUGUGCAUGUUGCAUACAAGGAUCUAUAGACAAGGAGUACCAAUCCAAAUCCAGCAUUAGAAGAAAAAAGAAGAGGACAACUCUGACCACGCCUACUCCAAACUAUGCGCAGGGACGCAUAGGUGAAACAAAGCAACCGCUAUUUCCAAAUCAGGUUAGGAUGGUGAUGUACUGUAGAACAGUCACAUCCACAAAUUGAAUGAAGCACAGUCCCCUGCUAGGGCCAUUCAACCCACCCAGGUCUUUGCUACUGACUGUAGGAACAAGCGUCACAUCUUUCUCUUAAAUUCACCCCCUCCAGGUGGAGAACACCUCAUAGGUUGAUAAAUGCUGGCUUAACCCAUAUAAGGCACUGUGUCAGAUUCUGCUCAUUAUUAUGCCUAUACUGAGCCUUCAUUAUCUUUUACUUCGUGUGGUCAUUUGACUAUUCCUAUGCAAAGUGAUUGUAAAAUGUUACCAAAUCAAUUGCCUCUUUGUUAAACUUCUGUGCCAUGCCUUUGAUAGAUGAUGUUAUUAUUUAAGCUGUUGUGUCCUUCGAAGCUGGCUGAGUAGCUUUGGAAUAGUGUUUCUUGGUGCUCAUGCUCCUUAUGAGCAUGCUGUCUACAAGGUGGUCAAAAAAGAUGCACACCACAGUACAGUGGUACCUCUGGUUAUGAACUUAAUUCGUUCCGGAGGUCCAUUCUUAACCUGAGGUACCACUUUAGCUAA